AUGGGGCGGUAUGAUUUGGAAGAGGCGCGCGAGGGGUCCUUUGGAGAGCAUGGCGCGCAGGCGCAUGGGCAGGGGGAUGUGGCCGAAGAGAAACGCGUCGUCGUACGUCGCCAACACACCCUGCAGCGGGGGGGGGAGAGGGAAGAAGGGGGGGGAGGGGAUUUGGGGGAGUGGGGAAUGGCGCAGAGACGCAUGGGCAGGGGAAUGCGGCCGAAGAGAAACGCGUCGUCGUACGUCGCCAACACGCCCUGCAGCGGGAGGAGGGGGAGUGGAAACGCGGGGGAGCGGAGAGGGGGAGGGGAGAAGCGGGAAGCGGAAGGGGGAAUAGGAAUAAAGGUGGCGGGCAAUCAAGGAAGUCAUGUGCGGUCAGUGGGAGAGGAGAGAGCAGGAGGGCGCACAGAGGAAUGGGAAUGGCUUGAAGAGCGUCAUGCAAGCACCAUGCGCCAGCAGCAGUUCCCCCUCCGCGCCCCUCCCCCGUCCCUUCCCCUGCUGGAACCAUUGCGCCGUGCUACAAACAACUUGCGCCCUUCCCCCGCUACACUCCCGUACUACCCGCGCCCUUCCCCUUCCAGUGGCCCUUGCGGGCAUCAACUCGCUUCAGCACGCGCUUGGAGGGCCCCUUGGACUGCUUUCGCUGCCGCAGGCCACUCCGCUCCUGCCACGUGGGGGAAGAAUGGAAUGGAAAGGUGA